AUGAAAAAGGCCAGAUUACCGGCUAUUACACUCACUUUAGCCCUAGGAACCGUGAUAAUGGAGACAGUAGAUGACUUCAAUACCAUUAACGUGGAAUUGGAUGAGUUUUUCAAACACAAAAAAAGAAGUCGAUGCAAAGAUGAGUUCCUAAAUACUCUCACAGACGAAGCGCUUGACGAAUGCACCAUACCUGAGAUAAACCUAAAUGAUUUUGAAGGAAUAUCAGAAGAUGAAGCACCGCAGGAGAAGCAAAGUGAUAGUGAAGGUGACGAUGAAGACAAAUUGCAGUUCCAAUACUCAACCCAUGAUCUGAAGGUGAGAUGGAACAAUAUGAAGCCAGUUCUUGGAGAGAGGAAUUUCCGUAGUGCUAAUAUUAUGGAUCCCACAUGGAUAGCUAGGCAGUUUCUGAAGGAGAUGAUUAGGAAACCAAAUCUAAAAUGUAAGGAAAUGCAAGCUAUUAUUCAAAGCAGGUUCCAUUGCAAGGGUCUUUUGGAAGCUGUAAAGGUUGUAUUGCCACAUGUGGAGCACAAACAAUGUGCAAGACAUGUGUACGCAAAUUUCAGAAAGGUCUUCAGUGGUAUAGAGUUCAAGAAUAUGUUUUGGACAGUUGCCAAGUCAACUAUUGAAGCAGACUUCAAAUUGAAUAUGGAGAAGAUCAAAGAAGUCAAUCAUGUUGCGUAUGAUCAUUUGAUGGCAAGGGAGCCUAAAUCUUGGUGUAGGGAAUUUUUUAAAGGUGGAAUGGCAUGUGAGGCUGUUGAAAAUGGAAUGGCAGAGUGUUUUAAUGCCAUCAUACUUGAUGCUAGAAAGAAGCCCUUGUUGGCCAUGCUUGAGGAGAUUAGACUAUAUAUGAUGGAAAUGUUAUUUAACUUGAAGCAAGAAACACGUAAAUGGGUGAAUAAUGUGUGUCUAGGACGUAUUAAGAAAAUGGAUGAGUUUGCUUUUCAUAUCAAGAGUUGGUAUGUUCAUCCUAGUGGUUUGAAUGCUUUUAAAGAUCCAGCUAGAUUCAUUAGCACAUGGUUUGGUAAGGACAAGUUCUUAGCUACUUAUGAGUCUAACAUCCUUCCUGUUAAUGGCAGUAAUAUGUGGGAACCAACACCUUACACCAAACCACUACCUCCUAUUGAAAGAAGGAUGCUAGGAAGGUCGUGUAUGAAAAGUAAAAGCCAUGUCUCUUAA